AUACAAUAUUUAGAUCUCUCACUCAGCAUAUGUUCCAACUUUCAACCAAAAUAAACACAAUGGAUUUUUAUCCAGAGACACUUGCAAACAUUAACAAUGACUAUGAGUUACAUGAUUUCAUUGACGAUCCAAACUUUGAUCAAUUCAUCAAUUUGAUUCGUGGGGAGGAGAAUGAAGAUACUACUAUUUGUAACUUCAAUUCUGACCUUAUAAUGAAUCAAAGUUUUGUUGAUAACUCACUCCUUUCAUUUCCUUCAAACCCAUUUGAUCACAACAUAGAAAAUACUAUCACUGCUACUUUUGAUCCUACUUCUUCACUUGGUUCUUUCUCUUGUUUUGAUGGAGAAGCUAAGGAGGAAUUAAGAGUAGAAAAUGAUGGUGAUAACUACUCCUCUCCUGCAACAACAACAACAAGCAUUACCACAACAACUACAAGUGGUGAUACUAAGCCAAAGUCGAAAAAUGAUAGAUCCAAGACUUUGGUUUCUGAGAGGAGGAGGCGAAGCCGAAUGAAGGAUAAGCUUUACGCAUUGCGUUCUUUGGUUCCCAAUAUAACUAAGAUGGAUAAGGCUUCUAUAAUUGGAGAUGCUGUUUCAUAUAUGCAUGAACUUCAAUCACAAGCCAAGAAGCUUAAGGCUGAGGUUGCAGGACUUGAAGCAUCAUUAGCAGUGUCCAAAACUCAACAUGGAUCAAUUGAUAACCCCAAAAAGAUUCAAUUUACUAACAACAAUGGUUCAAUAUGCAAGAAAAUUGUCCAGAUUGAUAUGUUUCAAGUAGAUGAAAGAGGGUUUUAUGUUAAAAUAGUAUGCAAUAAGGGAGAAAGGGUGGCUGCUUCAUUAUACAAGUCUCUUGAAUCUUUGAGAGAUUUCAAUGUUCAGAAUUCAAAUUUGGCCACUGUUUCUGAUGGUUUUCUAUUUACAUUUUCAUUGAAUGUGAAAGACUCUGGACCAGAAAUUAACCUGCCAAAUUUAAAGCUAUGGGUGAUUAGUGCUUUUCUAAACCAAGGCUUUGAAUUCAUACCUUCUUUUCACGCUUGACACAUCUAAUUUAUAUCCUUAAUGUUGUAAUUCUAAUUAAGGUUGUAUUCGAAUGAUUUUGAUGAGACAUGAACUAUGAAGUACGGGUACGGUAUACGGAUAUCGGACACGAUACAGACACUGUCACGUCGAUACCAUUGAUAAUUUAAGAAAAUUCAGUGUAAUUAUAUGUGUCGGUGUCAGACACGAUACAUGUUCAACACAGAAACACGCAUAAUCCAAGGAGUGCCCGUACUUCAUAUAUUCAUGUCUCUUGAUACUGGUUAGCUAUGAGCAUGAGUGACAUAACUCUCCAAUUUGAGCCAUUAUUAUCGGCCAAUAGCAAUGUCAAUUUUUUUUCUAAACAAUAGGUAAGUGGUAGUAUGUGUAAAAAGAGGAAUCAAACCCUAUAUGUAACUCUAUUGAUAACUCUCUUUAUCUAGUACCGGAUCAUAAAAUUAGAUGGUUAAA